CAGCAAACUCACACUCAUCACACAUUCUCCUCAUUGUGCUGGACGCGGUGGCCGCUCAGGUUUUUACAGGCGACAGGGUGGUGUUUCCUCCCAGCGAGAGAACUCAGAGGAGACCGUGACAACGAAGCAGAUCCAGAGCAGCAGACCUCUACUUCAUUACUCCUGCACUCUCACUUAAGUUCGGCUGAUUAAAACAAUAAAUAAAUCUCUUAGGCAGAACCAAGUGUGGACGAACCGGCACGACAACAGAAGAAAACAAGUGUGAAACCCAAAUGGCAACUGCCGCGUCACUACUGAGAAACGAUGAGAGUAAAGAGCUGAGGAUUGUUCUGCUGGGAGGAAGAUGGGGUGGGAAGAGUUCAGCAGGAAACACCAUCCUGGGAGAAGAGAGGUUCGAAUCCGGAAGACAAAGAACAGCAAAGAGCGACAACCGGCAUGCAACAGUGGCUGGCAGGAAGCUGAUCCUGGUUGAUACGCCCGGGUGGAAAGGUCAUUUAUCUCUCAGGGAAACCACAGAGGCGGACAGACGAGAGAUCAAGCGAAGUGUGUGCGAGUGCCCUCCCGGACCCCACGUCUUCCUCCUGGUCGUUCCCGUGGAUUCAGCCUUCACCGAGGAACACAGGAGAUCGCUGGUGGACCACCUGACGCUCCUGGGCGACAAAGUCUGGAGAUACUCUAUGGUGCUGUUCACCUGCGGUGACUGGCUGAGAGAAAAAAGCAUCGAGGAGCACAUAGAGACAGAAGGAGAUGCUCUGCAAUGGCUGACGGAUAAAUGCAGAAAUAGAUUCCAUAUUCUCAACAACAAGAACAGGGAAGAUCCCACUCAGGUCUCACAGCUGCUGGACAAGAUUGAGGAGAUGGUGGCAGAAAACAAUGGCGGCCAUUUUGAAGUUGAUGAAAGCACUCGUCAGAUGAUGCUGACGAAGAAGACGGAGGUGGAAGCAAAGGCAACGGAAAGGAAGAUGCAGACAGACAAACGCAGAGAGGAGCUGAGUAGACUCCUCCAGGGGGCAAAGCAGCCCACAGAACUCAGGGUGGUUCUGCUGGGGAGCAGAAACGCUGGAAAGAGCGCGACGGGGAACACAAUCCUGGGCAGCGAGGAGUUUGACAUUAAGAAAGGGACCUCGAAGACUGUGGUGAAACGCGCUAGUGUGGAAGGGACACCCAUAACCAUAGUCGACACUCCCGGCUGGUGGCAAGGUUUCUCUGUCCGCGACACUACCAAGCAGGGGAAACAGGAACUGACACGCAGUGCGUCUCUGUGUCCGCCGGGACCCCAUGUCUUCCUGCUGGUCAUCGACACGGAUGUGGCCUUCACCGAGAGGCAAAGAGAAGCUGUGGAGGAACACCUUCAGCUCAUCAGUGGGCGUGUCUGGAACCGCACCAUGAUUUUAUUCUCCAGAGCUGAUUGGCUCGGAGCCAAGUCCAUCGAGCAGCACAUAGAGGAGGAAGGGAAGGCUCUUCAGUGGCUGGUGGAGAAGUGUGGGAACUGGUACCACGCCCUCGACAACAAGAACAAGGACAACAAGGCUCAGGUGGCAGAGCUGCUGCAGAAGAUGAAGGAGAUGGUGGCGGGAAAUGGCGGGAGCUUCCAUGAGGUGGAUGGGAGAGCCCUGCAGUCCAUCGAGGAGGACAGGAAGGCCGUGGAGGAGAGAGCCAAGUGGAGGAUGACAAAAGCCAAGGAACAGAGGAAGAGAUUCCAAGGGACAAACAUCCAUCUUCCUGAGAUGAAGGUGGUCCUGAUGGGGCAGAAAUCAUCGGGGAAGAACGCGGUGGGUACCACCAUCCUGGACCGGAAUGCGUUCCCCAGCUGCGAAACCGCGUGUUGUGAGAUAGAAGAGGGCGUGGUUUUUGGGAGACGGCUCACAGUUGUGAACACCCCAGGCUGGUGGGAUAAUCUGGCAAGGUGCACCUUGGAGCGGGACAAAGAAAUCAUGAGGGGACUGUCUCUGUGCCUCCCAGGACCCCAUGCUGUCCUCCUGGUCAUCCCUGUAGACAUGGCCUACACAGAGAGACACAGGAGGGCACUGCAGGACCACCUGUGCUGUCUCGGUGAGGACGUCUGGAGACACACCAUCGUGCUGUUCACCUUCGGGGACAGACUGGGAGAGACGAGCGUGGAGCAGCACAUAGAGAGGGAGGGCUGGCCCCUCCAGUGGGUGGUGGAGAAAUGCGGGAACAGGUACCAGCUCUUCAACAACAAGAACAGGGGCGAUGGCGCUCAGGUGGCAGAGCUGCUGGAGAAGAUGGAGGAGAUGGUGGCGGGAAAUGAUGGGGAGCAGUUCUCUCCUGACAUGAGUCAGGUCUACCGCGAGGUGGAGAACAUGCUAAAGAGGAAGGUGGCUGAGGAAAUGAAAGUUGCUAGUGAGAAUGAAGGAGGAAAAGACUGA